CCAAUCAACAGGGUGCGGUCUGACAUUUGAACCAAUCAACUGGCGGGGUUUCAUUUAAGGGUUGCACUACAAUAAUCUGUUUGUAUCAGCCAGGUGACUGUUGUUGAUUGUUUACGAAUAAAGAUGGCAACAAUGAUUUAUGUUGAUCAAGAGAAUGGAGACCUCACUAGCCUAUCAUCUAAAGAUCGUGUGAAGCAUUCUGCAAAGUCCACAAAGCCUUUGUCUAGCAAGCUUCAGACUUCAUUCCCUGGUAAAGUCUUUAAGUCAACCGAACCUGUGGCUUCCAGAAAAGCAUUGGGGAAUGUCAAUAAACAGGUGCUACCUCAGAAAGUGGCUACGACACACACUGCCUUAAAGAAACUUAAAGGGCCUGCAGCAAAAAAGGCUACUGACUCAGCUUACCUUGCUAGGCCUCCUAAAGAAGAUUAUCCUGACAUUGAAAACUUUUUCCCAUACGAUCCUUCAGAUUUUGAAAGAUUUGAGGUCCCUGAAGAGCACAGGCUCAGUCACAUUUGCUUAGCUGGUAUUCCUCUUAUGGUGCUUGAGAAAGAGAUGGCAAAGUUUGAGGCCCUAAUAAACCUAGAACCUGCUCCAAUGGAUCUGCCUCUCCUGCCUUGGGAAUCUGAUACUACAGACACUGUACCAUCAUUCCUUGCAAGUUUUGAAGAGAUCACAGUGGAACUGCCUCCUAUUGACUACUGAGUUUUUCUGUUUUUAUGUAAUAUUUAAAAAAAUUUUUGUAAUAAAAUGUUUUAAAAAUA